AUGGCGAGUACAAUCAACUCGCAGGCAGUCUUCCAAGAGCCGGUCGUGUCGCAAGUCAGUCUUGCCGUCUGCUCGUGGUAUACUCGUGAUUUAGCUAAUCCAGUGCAGUCAGAGAUCGAAGCUUUCCAUUCCCAACACUUCUCAAAUGCAGCAGUCGAGCUCUUUGCAAGCGACUUUCUUCAGCCCCAGCCAAGCCAGGACGAUCAAUACUACGAAGAGUACUACGAGGACUAUUAUGAUGAGGAAGAUGACGGGCUUGGCUACUACCCAGAUGGGGUCAAGCGCACCUUGACCGAUGAACAGAUUGCCAUCUUUCGACACUCUGAAGUUGAAGCGCUGCGGCGUGCCGAAGAGAAGAAAUCCGCUCAUGGUACCCGGAAACCUAUCGAGGUGGGUGGUGAUGGACAUGGAGAAUCAGAGGUUGUGAGAGGAACCAGCUUGCCAGAGGCAGACACUCUCGAAGAUGGCGAGGAGGGUGAGAUCGAAUCAGAUACUCCCAAGCCUAGUACAACCACUACGUCAAAGAAGAAGAAGAAAAAGAACAAGUCCAAGAAGAACAGACAGUCUACGGCUUCGAAUUCGGCUGAUCCCCAAAGGGGCGAUCCUGGAUGGUUCAAAAGAACGGUCAAGCCAGAUCUUAGGAAGAGGACAUGGGACGUGGUUGAGACUGGUAUGGACAGUCUCGACUAUGAUGAACUCGAAGGCAAUGCUGGGACGAACGCAGGACAAACGGCCCAGCGACGCAGGAUCUCGUACGAUGACUGA